ACGUGCUAAACUGUUAGCUAGGCGUUUAGCGUCUGUGUACAGAAAUUGGAACUAGCCCUAGCUAACAUUUAUCGAUAAUAUUUGGAAACACACGUAUAUUUGUUUUAGGUUCUUUUCUUACAGAAGACGCGUUUAUUUGUCUGAUUUGUUAUUUAAUGCACCGUAAUCCUUGUUAGCUGUAUAGCUGGGCUGCUAUCCAAGUUAGUUACUGACUAACUUGGCUAAUCUUUCCUAAGCUACCCGGCUGUCUGUUAGUUAGUUAGUUAGUUACUGGUUUCCAGUAUGGCAGGAGAGAGGAAGGGGAUUCCUGAACUGGAGCAGGAAAAAUACGACGCUGAUGAGCAAGUGAAGAUUAUCUGUUUGGGAGACAGUGCUGUAGGGAAAUCCAAGCUAAUGGAAAGAUUCCUUAUGGAUGGAUAUCGGCCUCAGCAGCUGUCUACUUAUGCCCUGACUUUAUACAAAUACACCACCACAAUCAACGGAAAAUCUAUUCUGGUUGAUUUCUGGGACACAGCCGGUCAGGAGCGCUUUCAGAGCAUGCACCCUUCUUACUACCACAAAGCUCAUGCUUGUGUCAUGGUUUUUGAUGUCCAAAGAAAAGUGACCUACAAGAAUCUUUCCAUCUGGUACAAAGAGCUGCGAGAGUACAGACCAGAAAUUCCAUGCCUGGUGGUGGCUAACAAAAUCGAUGCUGACAUGAGGAUGACACAGAAGAGUUUUAACUUUGCAAAGAAGCAGGGAUUACCGUUCUACUUUGUGUCUGCUGCUGACGGUACCAACGUGGUUAAGGUUUUUAAAGACGCCAUCAAUAUGGCCUUGUCUUACAAGAAGAACUCCAGAGAUUUUAUGGAUGAGGUUAUGAGGGAGCUGGAGAAUUUUGAGUUGGAGAACAAGGACGAGUCACCUGAUGAAGAACAAUAGUAGAACGUUUAAAAAGCCAUCUGAUCAUCGUUUUUGCCCGUGGUGGGACCUGAAAGCCGGCCGAACUAUGUGUUGUUGGUUCUGGAGUGCUGUUACAGUCACGGUGGUUGGCAGGAUGAUCGCGCAUCAACCGCCCUGAAGUAGUCAGACCUCCAGACCAUCAGAAACACACAUGGAUAUCGAUGUGAUAUCGAGGCUGUAAAAUCUAAAAUAGACUUUGAAGUUAACUCUUAAAUUCUGCCCGGCUUUAAGCAGGUUGAUUUAGAAAUAUAUACAAGUGAGAUUAUUGUAAACCAGCAGUACAGGUACAUGUGAUAUAGUGAUGAGUAGAUUUAAAGAUCAGAAAAACGUAAGACAUGGUGACCCCGGUGUAAUCAUGGUGUAAUGUAUAGUAUGUUUGUCUGAGGGAAGAUUCUACUGUUUCAUCCCCAUUGUGUUAGCUCAGUAAUAGCAGAAGGUUUUAGUAUUGAUUGAUGAACAUGAAGCAUUAUGGUACAGAGCUGUGAAAAUGAAUCAUUUCAGAAUUUAAAGAAGAUUUGUUAUAAAGGCAGCAUAUUUAAAUCCACGGCGUUAUUUAAUCAUUUAUUAAAGCUGCUCCAGUGUGGAAAAUGCGUUUGCCCUCUUUGCUCCUUAAUUAAUUAAACAGAUGUAAUUAAAAACAGUUAGACUUGAGUUAAAUCAUUGCCAGUGCUGUGGAAUUGUUUAUGUUUUAGUAAAAUUCAUAUAAAAUGUAUAUAAAUGGAUGUAAAACUUUUUUAUGGCUUUCUAUGGCACUAAGUGUAGCUUAGUGGUUAAGUUACUGGACUAGUAAUGGAAAAGGCUGCUGGUUCAAGCCCCACCACUGCCAGGUUGCCACUGUUGGGCCCUUGAGCAAGGCCCUUAACCCUCAAUCGCUUAGACAAUAUACUGUCACAGGUCUGUAAGUCGCUUUGAAUAAAAGCGUCUGUUAAAUGAUGAAAAUGAAAGAAAUAAGUGAGAGACAUAGACAACUAGCAACAGUAGUGAAUCCUCUCACAGGAUGCCAGCCAGUGACAAUUUCUCCAAAAGUGCAUCAGUGAUGCAUCCAGGUUUUUUUUAACAGGUGUUUGCUGUUUUCAUCUGUGUUCAUCUUGUAUUACAUUUUGUAAAAUAACUAUUUAAUUUGACAAUUAUGCAAAUUAAGGGCCAAAUACAUUUUACUGCACUGUACACAGCACUAGAAGGGAAACUGCUCGUUUAUCAUCUACCCAAAGUGUAAAACUGUGAGUCUAAAACUGUGAUUAACUUUUUAUCUACAGCUAUAAACAUAUAUAUUGAAACCAGAUAAAUAUGUAUUUGAAAGUACACCCCCAUACCCUGUAUGUAAAUAAUAAUGUGUAUAUAUAGUCAAGCAUCUUUGUAUGUGCAAAGAUUACAGCAGUCUUUUUUUAGUUUUAAUCCAGUGCUGUGCUUAAAAUGUAAUACAGUGGUACCCUGAAACUCAACGUCAAUUGGUUCUGGGAGUGGCAUUGAGUUUAAAAGGCGUUGAGUUUUAAGGUAUUUUUCCCAUAAGGAUGUUUGGGAAACCUGUUAAUGCGUCCAUGGUCUCGUAGAACUGCUAAAUAAUGAGGUUGUUUUUGACACUGACAAUUAAGUUAAAAAUCAAUAAAACAAAUACAAUAAAACCUCCACUUUACCUUCACCUCUUAA